UCAGUUUGCAUCGAGCAGUGAGUUCGUUAAGAGGUGCCUUGAAAGCAUCCGGAAUAUAUUCUCCAAUAUUUGGAGUGAGAAAGUUACGUUGAUCGUACACUUUAAGUAAACUGUUGAUCAGUUUGAACAAUUGUGUUGUGUUAUUAAGUGUAAAAAAGUUUAAUAAGUCACAAAAUGUCUACCAGAGUUUACGGUUACCCAACCAUCAAUAUACCAAAUGGUAGAUACCAGCCUGAGAGCGUCGUCAGUGGAAAAACUCACACCACAGCAGGCGGCGGCGGCCAGUACCGAAACGGUCACCGUGCCGCUCCGAACUCGGCAGUCUGUAGCGAACUGUCAAGCGGCAAGGAAGCAACCCUCCUGAACAACAAAUCUCCGGCAACGGGUACUCCCAACUACAGCACCAUGGCAAGUAGCGAUCGUCUCGGCCAGUGGCCCGCGGAAUCCGACGGCGAAGUGGCCGGAGAGGUGACCGGAUUCGCACGACUCCGCAACGGACGCUUCAAUAAGGGUCUUGCGUUUUCGAUCGAAGAGCGCCAAGCUUUGGGAAUCCAUGGCUUGCUGCCAGCCAUAGUCCGCAGUGAAGAGGAACAGGUUCAGCAUUGUCUGACUUUGCUGAAUCGAUACGAGAAUGACCUGGACAAGUACAUCUACCUGGUUGGGCUGAUGGACCGUAACGAGCGGUUGUUCUACAAGGUGCUCGGAUCGGACAUUGGCAACAUGAUGCCGCUGGUCUACACGCCGACCGUGGGGCUGGCCUGCCAGAAGUUCAGCAUGAUCUACCAGCAGCCGAAGGGCAUGUACAUCACGAUCAACGACAAGGGCCACGUGUACGACGUGCUGAAGAACUGGCCCGAGAAGGACGUGCGCGCCAUUUGCGUGACCGACGGUGAACGUAUCCUGGGAUUGGGAGAUUUGGGCGCCAACGGCAUGGGGAUCCCGGUAGGAAAGCUGGCUCUUUACACGGCCCUGGCAGGAAUCAAGCCGCAUCAGUGCCUGCCAGUCACGCUGGACGUGGGAACCAACACGCAGAGCAUUCUGGACGAUCCGCUGUACGUGGGUCUGCGCCACAAGCGCAUCACCGGUGACGCGUACGACGAGUUUAUCGAUGAGUUCAUGGAGGCUGCCGUCCGUCGGUUCGGCCGCAAUUGCCUGAUCCAGUUCGAGGACUUUGGCAACUCGAACGCGUUCCGCUUCUUGGACAAAUAUCGGGACAACUACUGUACUUUUAACGACGAUAUUCAGGGCACUGCGUCGGUCGCCGUUGCAGGUCUGUUUGCUUCGCUGCGGGUCACCAAGACCAAGCUUAGCGAGAACAAGGUCGUGUUCCAGGGUGCCGGCGAGGCCGCCCUCGGAAUCGCUGAACUGUGCGUGAUGGCCAUGCGCAAGGAAGGCAUCAGCGAGCAGGAAGCUCGCCAGCGAAUCUGGCUUGUUGAUAGCAAGGGUUUGAUCGUCAAGGACCGCCCGAAGGGUGGAAUUUCCGGCCACAAGCACCGCUUCGCGCACGAGCACGCCCCCAUCGAUACGCUGGCCGAGGCGGUCAAGGAGCUGAAGCCGACGGUCAUCAUCGGAGCCGCUGCCAUUGCAGGUGCCUUCACCCCCGAAAUCAUCCGCUCGAUGGCCGAGUUCAACGAGCGCCCCAUCAUCUUUGCCCUGUCGAACCCAACCAGCAAGGCCGAAUGUACCGCCGAGCAGGCGUACGAGCACACCGACGGACGGUGCGUGUUCGCGUCCGGUUCCCCCUUCCCGCCCGUCACCUACAAGGGCAAGACGUACCACCCGGGCCAGGGCAACAACUCGUACAUCUUCCCGGGUGUGGCGCUCGGAGUGAUCUGCGCCGGGGCGGCCACCAUCCCCGAGGAGAUGUUCCUCAUUUCGGCCCAACGGUUGGCCGAGAUCGUCACCGACGAGGACCUGGAACGGGGCAGCCUCUACCCGCCGCUCGAGCUCAUCCAGGACUGCUCGAUUAAGAUUGCCGUCCGCGUCAUGGAGUACGCGUACGCGAACGGACUGGCCUGCACCAAGCCGGAACCGAGCGACAAGGAAGCGUUUAUCCGCGCGCAAAUGUACGACCUGGGCUACAAGUCGGCCCUGCCCGCUAUCUACCCGUGGCCCAAGCUGUAAAGCGCGAUGAGAACCCCUCAUCAAAUGUAUAUUUUUUGUUCAUUUCGUACGUUCUUCGUAUUUGCUUAGCAAGAUAAAAUCACGCGGGUUUUUCGUUUCAAAUUAGGCUCAAUUAUUGCAAAAAACUAAACUAAACGAUGAUGUGUACAUUAUUUUGCUGUUUUGUUUUAUACUGUUUAGUUGUUUAUUUAAGUUGAAGUGAUUUCGAGCAACCACGCUCACUAUUUGUUUUCCAUCUAUGUUGUGUAUUAUUGUCCUUGCUUAUUUACAAACAAACAACGUAAAAAACACUCAUCAUUUGUGUAUGUACCUUCCGGUGCGCGUCACUUUCAUGCAACACACAAAAUACUUUUUAACAAAAAUUGUAAUUUAUUCGAACCACCACAAUAUAUAAAUAACUAAUAAGUCAAUGUUGAUACAUAAAUGGUAAGAUAUCUGAUCAACAGUUAGCUGAUUUAUGGUACUACAAAAAUAUAUGAAUAUAUGUGUAAGUGGCUAUCAAGUUGGUAAA